AUGCUCCACUCUACUCCGCCAAGUCCACCUCCAAAGAGUCCGGAGGUUCUUAGAAAGGAAUUUCUCCAAGAAGAACUUUCCGAGGUUGAUGUAAACCCACCAGCAGCUGUUGCAUCUCAGGAAAAUCCGAAUAUUGAAAUAGAGGCCAAUCCGCUUUGUGCUGAAGAAAAAUUGGAAACGGAAAAGAAGCAAGACGAGGAGAGUGUUGUCAAUAUCAUUCCUCCACCAAAGGAAGAAAUUGUUGUCGAAGUUCCCGUACCGAAGGCGACUGUCAAGCGAAAAGCUUCUGCUUCGUCGGACUCGCUCAAUCUGGCCAAACGUCAACCUGUCACCCAUUCUCCUCCGAGGCCUUCCGCAUUUGCAGCAGAUUCAACGACGCAUUCAGACACGUCACCAUCCCCAGAUCUCCUAGCUCCUACUAUAUUCCGCGAGGCAAUAGCUAUACUUGAGCGCGUUUGGACAACUAGUCUGGUACAGAGUUACGUAACGCCUCCACGUUCAAGCUUGCGAUUUGAAAUGCAUACAGGAGGCUUACUUUCAGACCACGAAACGGAUAGUUUGUUUGAUUUGAUCUUUACUUGGGUACGAGAUCGCGAACAUGAUGCCUAUUUCCUGCCCGGCGUUCAUCUAGUCUUCGAAGUGCUCAUGCCAGAAGUCAUUAUCCAAUCGCUUGUUUUGUCACGUGGUAUCUCCCGAGAUGUCGCAGAGAGAAUGGUGCGCGUAACGCACUCCGAAAGUAUUACGAGCAGCAGUAGCAGCACCUCUGAACCCAAUUGUAAUCACUCGCCCAACACUGCUCUUAACAAUAGGUAAGA